AUGGAUAAUGUGUCUGUACUAACCUUUUUUAUGCUUUCAGGAUUAAAUUACACAGUGCAGCACCGAAUAAUUAUCUUCGCUCUGACUUUACUGUGUUACUCAGUCAUUUGGAUAGUAAAUGUUGCUCUCAUCAUAACCAUCACUGUGGACAGAAAACUUCAUGAGCCUAUGCAUAUAUUCUUGUGUAACCUGUGUAUUAAUGGACUUUAUGGAACAGCAGGCUUUUACCCCAAAUUCCUCAUGGAUCUUCUGUCUACCACUCAUGUCAUCUCUUAUGCUGGAUGCCUUCUGCAGGGUUUUGUGUUGCGCUCUUCCGCCAAUGCUGAGUUUUCUUUUCUAGCUGUGAUGGCCUAUGACAGAUAUGUGGCUAUAUGUCGUCCUCUGGUGUACCACUCUGUGAUGUCUAAACAGAGAGUUUGUGUGUUUGUAUUUUUUGCUUGGCUUAUACCCAUUUAUUUGGUGUUCAUGGGUUCAGUUACAUUAUCAAAAUCAAGGUUAUGUGGCUCACACAUACCAAAAAUCUACUGUAUAAAUUGGCUGAUUGGUAGACUAGCUUGUUCUGCCUCCAUAGCAAAUGUUGCAAUCCCAGCCUUUAAUUUUACUUUUUAUUCUGGCCAUUUUGUCUUUAUUAUUUGGUCAUAUGUAUAUCUGAUCAGAACAUGUCUAACAUCCAGAGAAAACAUGACAAAGUUUAUACAAACAUGUCUGCCACAUUUAUUCUGUUUACUCUCUUUUUCUAUGUGUUUGCUUUUUGAUUUGUUGUAUAUGCGAUUUGGCUCAAAAUAUUUACCACAAAGUGCCCAGAAUUUUAUGGAGAUUGUCUUUCUGCUCAUUCCUCCACUGUUCAAUCCCCUCAUAUAUGGUUUCAAAUUGACACAAAUAAGAAAUAAAAUUAUGGAGUUUCUGUGUGGUAAACAUCUCUAG